ACGUCAUCACCCCGCGACUUGUCUUUGGAUGAAGUGCAUUUUGCAAUGACUGGCAACGUUUGUUUUUCGUGAACAUAAUUAAAAAGUUCUUUUUUUACUGUAGACAUUAUGCGACUGGCCUUUUGGUAUGGCUGUCGUUGGCUGCCCCUCAGAAGAACUCCAUACAAGUUAUUUCCUGUCUCAGAGAUUGGGAUCCGCAGGCACACGACUGGAGCCAGCCCUGUGAGCCUCUCAUAUGAUGUGUUUGAUGGCAGGAGUACAGGAACCCCCCUGGUUUUCUUACAUGGCUUGUUUGGCUGCAAAUCCAAUUUCCAGUCUAUAGGGAAGAAGCUGGUGCAGCAAACUGGUCGAAAGGUGCUGACAAUUGAUGCUCGUAAUCAUGGUAACAGUGCACACAGUUCUGUCAUGACUUAUGAAGCCAUGUGCAGUGAUCUUCAAAAACUGAUGAGUCAGCUGCACAUACAGAAGUGCGUUCUCAUUGGACACAGUAUGGGUGGCAAGGUGGCCAUGACAACUGCAUUGCUCCAGCCAGAUUUGGUGGAGAGGCUGGUAGUAGUGGAUAUUAGUCCCAGCAAAACAUUCACCCAGACCAAUUUUCCUACCUACAUUACUGCCAUGAAAGCAGUGAAGACGGACAGUAACAUCCCUCGGUCGACAGCCAAGAGGCAGGCAGAGGACCAACUAAAGUCUUUUGUGAAGGACCAUUCAGUUAGGCAGUUUCUCCUCACUAAUCUUAUUGAAGAGAAUGGACUUUAUAUCUGGAGAGUGAAUUUGGACGCCAUCACCAAAAAUCUUGACAACCUCUUGGGAUUCCCAGAAUUUGACACAUCCUAUUCUGGUCCAACUCUCUUUCUAGGAGGAGGGAAUUCACCUUAUAUUUGCUCUGAAGAUUUCCCAGAGAUACAGCAGUUGUUUCCUUACUCUGAUAUCCAGUAUAUCGAAGGUGCCAGUCAUUGGGUUCAUGCUGACAAGCCUCAUGACUUUAUAAAUUCUAUACGCACAUUCCUAUGCAGUCCAUAAAGUCUAACUAAAGAUGUGCAAGGCAAAAAAGAAGGUAAACCUUUGUAAGGUUUGGUCACCAAACAAAAUGAUAAUUGAAGCACAGUCUACAGGAGUCCAUAAUGUCCAUAUGCAGCUGUGUAUUUAAUUUAUUUUCAUUUUCCACAGAAAUUGAACUGAAUGGCCAUAUUUAAAAUGUUCAACCAGCAGCUUAACACUAGAAUUACCAGAGUCUACGAAAAAACUUGUAGAUCCGGCCCACCUUAAAACCAUUCUCAGC